AUGGUUGGUUCAAGUUCACAGAACGUGGCUAAGCGCGUGGAGGGCGAGUUGUUUAAAAAGUGGCAUCUUAGUAAAUCUAAUACUUCAAAAGAUAUCUUCCAGAACCUCCGACUCUACGCAGCAAGUGAAACGCUGCUGUAUAAUCCGUCGUUUAAAACUUGGAUGCGGUACGCGACCGAGUACGGCAAGCCGAACCCACACUCGCAGACGAGCAUGAUUGGAGCGCUUUUGUGGUACUAUGGUGAGAACUUGCUACUACAGAUGAUCAAAACGGCAAAGAACAAUACAAGUACGGAAAAAGUCGCCGCGGACUUGCAGAGCGUGCUACAUAUUUUGUUUACAAACUAG